CAAUCAGCUUUUCCGUCUACCCUGUCAAACGAGCUUCCGCUAAUGACAGAUUGCAAUGUUCCCACGCAGCGCGACACAUCGAUGCCACGUCGCACACGCAACCUCUCCCUCUCGCUGCCGCACAAAUCUCUUACGUACGGUAUCCGGCUGCAAGGACCUGGAGAACGAGGGCUCACGGUCGGUGCGGAAUCACUCUGGUGAACCGCACUUGGGACUCGCAUGGGAGCCUUCCUUCCUGUCGGGAACAGAACAUCAGACAUUGACUCGCUGCUCCCACGCCCUACAGAAUUGUUCUCCGGAACUCUGGUCUGACCGGCGUGCGAGAUUGGCGCUGCGAUCCUGCAGGUCUCACUACUCACUUCCUGCCCAUGCGCCACUGAUUGGAACAGCUUUCAUGAAUGAUCUUCAAUGAACCUUACCAGAUAAGCGCCCGCUGCCAACGUGCAUGCGGUGAGGCUGUGGCUGUGUGUCCCACAGCUUCCUACAUACCCUCUUCUCGUUCUCCUCCCAUAGCAAACUCUCAGUCAACGUUCUACAUGCCCGCAACUCUUGUUCCUCCUUCGGAUGAUACUUGGGAGACGUUGCUCGCUGCAGCAGUCGAAGAGUACGAAAGGAUCACCAGGAAGAAGCUGGAUGACCUGCCGUUUGCUCAAGAGCUUAAGCAAUGCAACACGGCGGACGAUUUUUGCGAUGUCCUGGACCAUCACAAGGAGUCUUUUGGAGACUUCCGCUCUCAGAACAGCAAGAUCAGGCGCGUUCUCCAGCCCCUUGUAGCUGUCCUCCAGUUCGCCAUCACUCCCGUGUCCGAGGGGACGUCCGCUAUGCUUCCGGGAGGGAAAGGAAUUCUUGUUGCUUUUGGGGCUUUGCUGGAGGCUGCUAACAAAGUCAGCUACAAAUAUGACUUACUGGAGCUCAUCCUCGAUCGGUUCCGGCCAUGUCUGAAACGCCUAGACGUGUAUCUCGUCGAGCUUCCCGCAGACCACCGUCAGUUGCUCCGUAAUGUGUUGCUCGACAUCCUCGUCCUCAUGAUCAAGACGUUUGGACUCCUUACAUCAUAUCUGUGGAAAAGCCCCAAGCUCAAGAAUCGCCGGUUUAAGGAAGUGAGACAGCGCAUGAAGGAUUGGGUGCUCCAGAUGCUCGGAUUCGACGAUGUUAAAGGGGUCCUCAACGAGCUCGAUGAGCUGACCAAGGAGGAAGGGCUUGCUGCAUCGCUAGAGAACCUGCUGGUGUCGAUGGGAAUAAAACAAUUGAUUGUCGAGCAGGAUAUCAGAACCUGGCUCAAUCCAUAUGAUACGGGCACACGCUUUAACUAUCUUACCGAAGUUAAGCAUAACGGGACAUGUAAUUGGUUCUACGACGAGCGAUUCGAGAAUUGGAUUGGGAUGCCAAACUCGACGUAUUGGGUCCAUGGGAAGCCUGGCGCUGGGAAAAGCGUGUCGAUGUCUGUGGUGGUCGAGCAUAUGCAGACACGGAAGGAGCUCUUCGCGUUUGCAUUUAUCUCUUAUCGCGAGGAACGAUCACAGCGCUUGGAAAGUGUCCUGUCGGCAUUGGUGUACCAGCUUGCCACUCAGGCGAAGUGUCUCCAUGACCAGCUUAAGACGGUGUAUGAUCGGCGCGGGUUGGCUCUUUCUGCCUCUCGGACCGUACUGUUGCAGUGUCUUAUGGACAUGCUGAAGAGUGCCCCAAAGCGGGUGAUCAUUCUGAUUGAUGGACUGGACGAGUAUCCGAACCCCGGGCGCGCUGUGGAUCUUCUGCCUUGCUUGCGGAAUCUGCGCGGGUGCAACAUCAACAACCUGCGUCUCUUGUUGGCGAGCCGACCGGAGCAGGACAUCGGGCGCACCUGCCCUGCCCCAAUAUAGUAACCAAUCAGUACGUGUGAUCGGAUGCUUACCUGGCAACCGAUUGGUAUUAUACUAGGCCAAAAUCCACACCCUUCGGUAAUACCGCUCGAGACCUUCAGCCAAACGACUUGGAGCUGUAUAGCUGAGCGUUUUCGGCAGCCUUCGGCACAUCCCUCCGCGUGAUACGUCUCUCCCGUCAUCUGCUCUCUUCCGACAUCACGCCGUGACGUAUCCGUUGUCCGCCGCCGCCAUCGUCACCUUUGUUACCGUCAUUGCUCCAGCCGUCAACUCCCGAUCCUCCCCGCCUUUGCCUCACAUCUGGUAUUCGAACGUCCCUCCUCAUGCGCCGCGGUCUUUCAAAGCGGACCACCGUCCGCUACGGGUCUGGCUACGGUGCACGGAUACAGAAAGUCAAGUCUGUUUCUGUCAAUAAGACAUCGAAGCAGAUGGCGGAGGCACAGCGAGCAUAUGAGCAGCAGGUUCAGGCGCUAAGCUACACGCAACGCGACGAGAUCAUGGGGGACCGCUCACGAGAAGAGGACAUCGAGAUGGGAGAUGGCAGUGGAGCCACCGGGCACGAUGAGUGGGAGGACGACGAUCACGCUUUCUACCAUACGCUCCCACCCGGGGAAGAAGGUGCUGGGCAUAGCUAUGCAGGAGACGAGGCCAUAUGGAACAACGUGGCUGAGGGAAUGCGACCUGGUUCGGAGUCACCGGGUGCAGGACAUGCUCAAUGCAUGGGACAGGCACAUGCCGCGCCUGGUCGACUCAUAUCUCGCUUGGGCGGAGUCGCGGGAUAAGGGCGAGGUUGCUGUAGAAUCGGGCGAAGGAUGGCCUCUGCUGGUGCUGGGGCUAGAUGAGUCCGGGACUCUUCACUUCUCACACCCCUCCGACUCUUGCGGGCCAAAUGAGGCGUUGCUACAACGUGGAUACCUCGGAGCCAGUCCAGACCAACCCACGAUUGCCUUUUCCAUACGUACAUUUGAAAUAUAUCGACAAAUACAUCGUGUUACCCCACGUUUCACCAUCGACUCUCUUGCCCGUGUUCUGAAUCAUCUACAUAGGGUUCCACGACAACGAUAUCUACAAGAACAGCUCACCACAGCAUACGACGCGUACCUCGAGAUCCUACAGCGGGUGGAUCAACGUGUCACAGCCGCAUUACAUCGGGAUGAAGACUGGGAGAUCAAGAACAUUUGCGCUCCCUGUUUUUACUCUGUUGAGGGAGAACGCAAACUCAAAUACCGCUCCUUCAUGAGUGUCGAUGGCAACGCGUCUUUGAAACUCGUCGACAGCACGUUCCGUGCCGGCAAUCCACGAUUCGACGCUCGAAAAUCCCGCUCUUGGCGUUGGCUCACUCCAUCCCAGGUGGACGUAUUCAAAGAUGAGGUGAAGAUGUCUGAGUUGCAGAGGAAGAAAGCGCCCUCGAGCGCUACAGAGUGUGACGCUGGCGAUCAACUGCCAGAUGUCAAUCCGCCAACGGAAGCGGAGACUGAUCAUGAUGAGGAGGUCGCAUGGCUCAAUGUCAACGAGCUCGAUGAAACCAACGUUCAGAAACUGGAGGAGAGUGUCAGUGUCUGUGUAGAUCGAUGGAAGGCUGCAGGUCCCGAGGCACGCAAGAAGAUGUUCGCGCUUUUCGCUGUUUCGGGUAUAUUUUUGGCAGUCUGUCGACACGGACAUGUUCUCAUCAUGUGCGACAUGAUACGGAGCGGUGAGCUGAUGAAAUAUCCGCUUGCUCUAGUCAAUCACUUGAUAGACACAUAUGGGGCAGACAUUGGCUUAGGGUAUGACAUCAUGUGUGCGUUUUUUAAAACCCUCCUUCGAAGCUCUCUUGGUGCAAAGGUUGUUGCCAUGAAGCUACGUGGCAUCGUUCCGGCAUUCCACGGCCAUGCUCAUAACCGAGAGUGCCAACUCGGGUGGCAUCCCAUGUAUCUUGAGGGGGUGGGAUUAGAAGAUUUCGAAGAAUGUGAACGCACAUUCUGUCAAUCCAACCAUCUUGCCAGCUGUACGCGACUUGCAACUCCAUUCCAUCGACAACAGCAGAUCGAUGAACAUUUUGCGUUCCAUGACCAGGACAAGCAUGCAUCGUCGGGAAGUUUCAUCUUCGCUAACUACCAGCAAGCCGUUGAGAAGAUCACACACAACCGGGUCCGGCUGAACGCGCUUGAGCGUGAGCUCAAGACUACAGGCGCUGACUACAAAUCCGAUUUGGAAGCCGAACGGAACCAUCUGCAGUCGCUGAAAGCGGAGCCGGGAACGGUGACCAUGGCCGUCGAUUACCUUGAGCUUCUCGGUAAACUCCAAACUGCCGC